CUGAUUUUAUGACCCUUUUGCAGCUCUUGUCUAUGACAUGAAUUUUGCUUGUCAUUUCUCGGUGUUGAUAGUAGCAGUUCAAAGAUAUCCGUAUGAAGAUGCUUUUAAGGAACCCAGGAACAAUAUUGCAUUUUCACAAAAAAUGCUGCAACAUUUGCACUAUUUCAAAGAGAUUGUCAUCCUUGUCUAAUGAGCCCCCUGACUUGUCUCAGAAACCUGUUCCCUUUGUGCAUGGCAAUUUUCAAGAAAACUCAAAAAUCCUUGAAGGUGCAAGAGAAGAAGUUGAUCAUGUGUGCCAGAUUUUGGAGAGUGGUCCUUGGGGAGCGACCCUUGAGAGUGCUUUAUCAGUGCUUGAAGGAAGAACUCAACCAAACUUGGUUAUUGGAGUCUUGAGAAGGCUUAAGGAUGUAAACCUUGCAAUAAAUUAUUUUCGAUGGGCUGAGAGGAAAAUUGACCAAGCACAUUGCCCAGAAGCAUACAAUUCACUUCUCAGGGUGAUGGCUCGAAGUAAGAACUUUAAUCAUCUGGAACAAGUUCUUGGAGAAAUGAGUAUUGCAGGAUUUGGCCCAUCCAAUAAUAUGUGCAUUGAGUUAGUUGUUAGUUGUGUUAGGUCACAAAAGCUGAGAGAAGCUUUUGAUAUCAUUCAAACCAUGAGAAAGUUUAAAUUCCGCCCAGCAUUUUCUGCCUAUACAACUCUGAUUGGUGCUCUUUCUGUUUUCCAAGAAUCUGAUCUUAUGCUCAAGCUCUUUCAUCAGAUGCAGGAACUAGGUUAUGAAUUGAGUGUCCAUUUGUUUACAACACUCAUUCGUGUCUUUGCCAAGGAAGGCCGGGUUGAUGCUGCUCUCUCCCUUUUGGAUGAGAUGAAGAGCAACUCUUUUAAUGCUGAUAUUGUUCUUUACAAUGUUUGUAUAGAUUGCUUUGGUAAGGUGGGUAAGGUGGAUAUGGCCUGGAAAUUCUUUCAUGAGAUGAAAGCAAAUGGGAUAAUGCCUGAUGAUGUGACUUAUACAAGCAUGAUUGGUGUUCUCUGCAAUGCAAAUAGACUUGAUGAAGCUGUGGAAAUAUUUGAGCAGAUGGAGCAGAAAAGGAACGUACCUUGUGCUUAUGCUUAUAAUACCAUGAUCAUGGGUUAUGGAUCAGCUGGGAAAUUUGAUGAAGCAUACAGUUUACUAGAAAGACAAAAGGUAAAGGGUUGCAUUCCAAGUGUAAUUUCAUACAACUGUAUACUUACUUGCCUUGGGAAGAAGGGAAAAGUGGACGAGGCAUUAAGGAUCUUUGAGGAGAUGAAGAUAGAUGCUGCUCCCAAUCUUGCAACCUAUAAUAUUCUCAUAGAAAUGCUUUGCAAGGCUGGAAAUGUUGAGGAUGCUUUGAGGGUUCGGGAUGCCAUGAAAGAAAGUGGUCUGUAUCCCAAUGUUAUGACCAUAAACAUUAUGGUUGAUCGACUAUGUAAAGCGAAAAAACUUGAUGAGGCUUGUUCUUUAUUUGAAAAUAUGGACCAUAAAGUUUGCUCCCCAGAUGAGAUCACAUUUUGUUCUCUUAUUGAUGGCUUAGGUAGGCAUGGUCGAGUAGAUGAUGCCUACAGGCUUUAUGAGAAGAUGUUGGAUUUUGAUAAGGUUCCAAAUGCUGUUGUAUAUACAUCCCUCAUCAAAAACUUCUUCAGUUGUGGCAGGAAGGAGGAUGGUCAUAAGAUAUAUAAAGAAAUGCUUCGCAGGGGCUGUUCUCCUGAUUUAAUGCUAUUGAAUGUAUACAUGGAUUGUGUUUUUAAAGCUGGAGAAACUGAGAAGGGCAGGGCUUUGUUUGCAGAAAUAAAAGAACAAGGAUUGAUUCCAGAUGCACGAAGCUAUUCAAUCCUGAUUAAUGGCCUUGUGAAAGCUGGUUUUGCUUAUGAAACCUAUGAGUUGUUCUAUGCAAUGAAAGAACAGGGUUGUGUUCUGGAUACCUGUGCUUAUAAUGCUGUUAUUGAUGGAUUCUGCAAGUCAGGCAAGGUGAACAAAGCUUAUCAGCUGCUAGAAGAAAUGAACACAAUGGGUCAUCAACCCACUGUUGUUACCUAUGGUUCUGUCAUUGAUGGACUUGCUAAAAUUGACAGGCUUGAUGAAGCAUACAUGCUCUUUGAAGAAGCAAAAUCAAAGGGAAUUAAGUUGAAUGUAAUCAUCUAUAGUAGUCUUAUUGAUGGGUUUGGAAAAGUUGGCAGAAUAGAUGAAGCAUAUCUGAUCUUAGAAGAGCUAAGGCAGAAAGGUUUGACGCCAAAUGUAUACACAUGGAAUUGCUUGAUUGAUGCUCUAAUCAAAGCAGAUGAGAUUAAUGAAGCCCUUAUCUGCUUCCAAUCAAUGAAUGAAUCAAAAUGCACUCCCAACCAUGUGACUUACAGCAUUCUCAUAAAUGGUCUGUGCAGUGUUAGAAAAUUCAACAAGGCCUUUGUAUUUUGGCAAGAGAUGCAAAAGAAAGGGUUAAAACCCAAUGCGAUCACCUACAUCACCAUGAUCUCUGGACUUGCAAAGGCUGGUAACAUUGCAGCUGCUCAUGAACUUUUUGAGAGGUUUAAGGCAGGUGGGGGUGUACCUGAUGCUGCUGUCUAUAAUGCUUUGAUAGAAGGGUUAAGCUAUACAAAUAGGGCAGUCGACGCUUAUAGUCUUUUUGAAGAAACUCGGAGGAAAGGUUUGAACAUUCAUACCAAGACCUGUGUUGUUCUUUUGGAUGCAUUGCAUAAGGCUGAACGUCUUGAGCAGGCAGCAAUUGUAGGGGCUGUCUUGAGGGAAACAGCCAAGUCUCAACAUGCUUCGAAAUAUUGGUAAUAUCAAUGUUGCCACAACGUAUCAAGCAUUCAGUCUUGGUUUAAUUGCAAUUAUCUGAAUAAAUGAGGGUAACUUUGGCGAGGGCUCGUGUUACUGGUUCUGUUGCCUCGAUCACUGAUAAGAAUCUCUCCUAAUGUAACAAAGGAGCCAUUUGGCUUAUAUUCAUGUUUUGCCAAACCUUCAAUGGUUCUAUUUGAAGAAACCUGAAGAGUGCAGGACACAUUCGCAUCAUCGCCUCUUUGAGAGCCUUCAUAAGAGGUGGCGGCCACUUCUGAAAAUGAAGACACUGUUGAAAGGCAUCCAGAUGAUGUAAUUAUCAUAUUUCUAUGCUGGCUUAGCUUUUAUGACACUUGUCUGAAAUCAGCACAAAAUGUAUGAAGAUAGAGUAAAAGAGUGAAAAAGAU